AUGGCGUCUGCAAUUACCCAAAUAAAACCAGCCACGACACUUUACGUGGAACGAUGUGCAGUGACAACGCCCGUUCCGGACAUUGUUAUUAUGUUCGGGUGGACAAACGGCCAAUUAAAACACCUUUCUAAAAUCGCAUCGUUCUGGCGCAAGAAGGGAAACUAUCAUAUUUUAUAUUAUACUGCUUCACACAUUCCUUAUGUUUACUUGCCAUACAAAUCAGAAAAAUUGUGCGAAGGGCUUCUUCCAUAUUUAUAUGAAUGGGGAGUAUUUGAUAACGAUUCCACCGAGAGUGAAGCCACGUCUACUGUUACAGAUAUAAUUAAUACUCGGCGUAGACCAAAAGUCAUCGCUCAUGUAUUUUCGAACGGCGGCGGUGGCGGUCUUGCCGGCAUGAUCCAGAUGCUGAAAGCCAACAACUUACCGUUUCGUUUCUCGGCCAUAAUUCUUGACUCUGUCCCUGGAAAUUUGGGAUUCCUUCGCUUUCAUCGCCUUUUCACUGCUACUCAGACGAAUCCUUUUAAAAAACUCAUAACUAUUUUCAUUACCAACUGUAUCAUGUUCCUGACCGCGCCAUGGAUAGCUUUAUAUAUGGCCAUUAUUCGCCAGAAAUCACUUAUACGGUAUAUUGUUCACGCAUUAUUGUAUGAAAAAGCAGCAAACUGUCCGAGGCUGUUUGUGUAUUCGAAGAAAGAUGCUUUGGUACGGUAUGCAGAUGUAGAAAAGACAGCAAAAAUGAGCGCUGACAUGGGAUACGUUACGGAUGAAAUGGUGGUGGAAGACACUGAGCAUGUAAAGCAUUGGGUUGACAGAAGAGAAAUCUAUGAGAACACGGUUGACAGGUUUUUAGAACAAAAUGGCGUUACAUUACAAUCAUAA